AUGUCCCCACAAAUACUUGCUGUUGCUGCAAAAUAUUCACUUUACAGUGGCACUAUUAUAUGUUUAUUAGGAAUAGUCGGUAAUGCAAUAAAUGUUCUUGUUUUUACUCAACUAAAACCUUUUCGAAACAAUCGAUGUGCUUUUUAUUUAACUGUGGAAUCCAUUUCCAACAUUUUUUAUCUCUUAUUCUCACUUACCAUAUAUAUAUUAAUAUCAAUGUAUGGAAAUGAUGGAACAGGAAGUUCACUCACCUGGUGUAAACUUAGAUAUACCGUUGCUCAAACAUUUGUUCUCAUCACAUUCACUAUGAGAUGUUGUACUGCAGCUGAUGAAUACUUUUCAACAAAUUAUCUUUACAAUAUAAGAUAUAUGUGUACAUUAAAAUUAUCUCGAUAUCUUACAUUUGUAUUUAUUUGUAUAUGGAUCACUCAUGGUGUUAUACAAACUUUCUUUUACAAUAUUAUGCCAUCUCUUGGAUGUAAAAUAUCAAAUGAAAUGUAUAUACGAUAUGCAACAUACUUUACAUAUCCAGUUUUGACUGGUGUUUUACCAAUUGUAAUCUCAUUGUUGUUCAGUUUAUUUGCUUAUCAAAAUGUUCGUCGAUUGGUUCGCCGACAAAUACCUGUUGCUCGUCGUCGAUUAGAUCGACAAAUAACAGCAAUGUGUUUUGUACAUGUUAUAGCUUAUGGUUGUUUGGCAACACCUUAUUUUUGUUAUCGAAUGUAUGCUGUUAAUAAUCCUGUUUCACGAGAUAAACCAUUAGAAUUUGCAAAUAGACAAUUAGUACAAGUUAUUUUUGCGUCUACUGCAUCUCUCAACUUUGCGAUAAGUUUUUAUCUUUUUAUUAUAUCGUCAUCACGUUUCCGUCGUCAAGUAAAAUUUGUACUAGUAAAAAAAUGUUGGAAACGAUGGAAAUGUUUAUGUGGCUUUGAAAACAUUCGAACUACUGCGGAAAAUAUAGAAUUAAACAAUUUUAAUAUGGAACUUGAAGAAAUGACUAACCUUACUUCGCAUCAAUAA